AUCGAGACUCCGCAGUACGUACAGUAAGUUCCCAAGAAUCCCAAGGCAAUUAGCUCCGCAAUUCUCCUUCAACACGCAGGUGCACGGAACGGAUUCCAGCUUUUCGCCAUUUGCUUGCGCUAGCUAUGGCGACCACAUUGUGCGCCGCGUCUACGCAGCUUACUCUUCAAGUUCCUGUACGUCAUAUUCACACGGACUCUCGACCAGUGCCCUUCUCUUCUGGCCCAUCGUUACAGUCACCUGUUAGAUUAUCUCGCUAUGGUUCCAAUUCCUCUCAAUUCCAACCGUCGAUUACGACGCACCGCCGUUUUACAAUAAAUUCUUCUCUGCAGUCCAAAUUUGUAGAUCUCCGUCAGCCGGCUAGUUACCGGCAGUCCGUCAAAGUGACGGCUGCGCGUCUAUCAGGCGCUAACGGCUCGUUACCGUCGGAAGGCGGGAACGGAUCCCUACCGACGGACGAGAAGACAGCAGCGUCGUUGCCGCAAGGCGUUAACGGGGUGGGAGGGGCAGACGAAGGACCUUCUGAGGCGUUUGAAACAGCGGGUCGAGAAUUGACAGCGGAAGGCGGCAGCAGCGACGGAAAGAAGGUGGUGAUUGUCGGCGCGGGGUGGGCUGGUCUCGGCGCCGCGCAUCAUCUCACGAAACAGGGGUACGAUGUGACGUUGCUGGAGGCGGGGCGCCAGCCUGGCGGGCUGGUGGCGGGAUGGCGGAGCGAGAAGGGGAAACCGGUGGAGGUGGGGAUCCACGGCUUCUGGUACCCCUACAGGAACAUAUUCGCGUUGACGGACGAGCUGGGCCUGAAGCCCUUCACGGACUGGACGCGGUCAGCGCAGUACUCGCCUGCUGGAAUCGAGGUGGAGUCACCCAUCUUCCAGGACCUACCCCGACUGCCCUCCCCACUGGGCACGUUUGUCUGGACGCAGUUCAAGCGCCUGCCUCUGUCGGAUCGGCUGUCGGCUCUUGCUCUCAUGUAUGCCAUGGUCGACUUUGACAACAGUGAUGAAGCGUGGCGCAGAUACGACCGUUUGACGGCCAGAGAGCUGUUCAAGCAGUACGGGUGCACGGACCGGGUGUACCGAGAGGCGUUCAACCCCAUGCUACUGGUGGGGCUGUUCGCUCCGGGCGAGCAGUGCAGCGCUGCCGCCACCCUGGGCAUGCUCUACUACUUCAUCCUUGCGCACCAGGCGGACUUCGACGUGGUGUGGUGCCGGGGCACGGUAGGCGAGACCAUCUUUGCCCCUUGGAUUCAAGCCAUGGAAGGUUCGGGGAACUUCCGCUUCCUGCCCGGCCGUCGCGUCACUGACAUUGCAACAGCAGAGGAUGAUCCAGACAGAGUCACAGCGGUGGUGUGCGGUGACGAGGUGUUCCCAGCCGAUGCAGUGGUGUCAGCUGUGGGGAUCUCUGGCCUCAAGAACAUUGUCGCCUCCAGCCCAGCACUCUCUAGCCGGAGGGAGUUCCUGGGUGUAGCCAAUCUGGGGGCGAUAGACGUGCUGGCGGUGCGCCUGUGGCUCGACAGGAAGGUCACCAUCCCCAAGCCGUCCAACGCGUGCUUUGGCUUUGACGACACGACAGGGUGGACCUUCUUUGAUCUCAACGCCAUCCAUGACGAGUACAGGGACGAUCCCUGCACCGUCGUUGAGGCUGACUUCUACCAUGCGAAUCAGUUCCUGCCAAUGUCAGACAAGGCCAUCGUGGACACGGUUCAGCGCUACCUGGCCACCUGCAUCCCUGCCUUCGCCUCGGCGUGCGUGGUUGACAGCGCAGUCGUGCGCUUCCCUCGAGCUGUCACUCAUUUCUCACCGGGCUCCUACCAGCACCUGCUGCCCGCUACCACCAGCUUCACCAACCUCUUUAUGGCUGGCGAUUGGAUCGUCACUCGACAUGGGUCAUGGUCGCAGGAAAAGGCCUUUGUGACUGGUUUGGAGGCGGCGAACCGAGUGGUGCGGCUGGUGGGGGAGGGGGAGCCUGCUGCCAUAAUCCCGGUGGAGCCGGACGAGGAGCACAUUCAGCAGCUCAGGGAGCUCAACCAUUCUGCCAAACAAGUGAUCAACUUAUUCCCAUUCGCGGGAGCACUGCUACAGUAGAGCUGCUCGUUACAUGUGUUACAUUAAUACCUGGUGGGGGAGGGGCAGCGUGCUGCCAUAAUCCCUGUGGAGCCAGAUGAGGAGCACAUUCAGCAGCUCAGGUUGCUCAAACGGUCUGCCAGGCAACUCAUUAACCUGUUUCCAUUUGCAGGAGCUCUCCUGCAGUAGAGCAUUCUUGCGACAUAUACUUCAAUAAUGCCUGUCAUGUCCACAAAUGACCUACUGGAACAAACUCAGUUGCUGGUGCGGCUGUGACAUUGUGAAUGAGUGUUGCAGCUGCCAGAUAUUUGUUUAUAGUUUUUUUUUACUAGGUGGACAAUGCAUUCGCAAAGUUAG